GUGCGCCCGGUGGGAUAGGUGUGGCUUGUAUCGCUCAUCGUAUGCGCAUGCGCAUUUGGCCAGCUGGAUAAAAAUGGCGUCUAAUUGUUCGCUGCCGUUCGUCUACAUCUCAGGGGAGGAGGUCCGGAGACUUGUUGGGAUGGCGGAGCUGAUCGAGGAAAUGGCUCGAGGUCUGCGGUGGGUCUCGGAGCGAGAUGAGGGAGGCGUGGUCCAGCCUGUACGGACUGUUGUCCGAGUGGACAAGUACUGCGGGAACCUGGGGUUGAUGCCGGCGUACUCGAGCAAAUCAGACAGCCUGGGAGCCAAGUUGGUGACCUUCUACCCCCAUCAGAUUGAGGGGGUCCCCUCUCAUCAGGCCAUCGUUAUCGUCCUGGACCCCAGAACUGGGACUCUGCAGGCUAUUGUGGACGGAGUUGAGAUUACCAACAUGAGGACUGCAGCCGCUUCUGCCUGUGCUGCCAGAGCACUAUUGCAGCAGGCUCCCAGAGUCCUAUGUAUAGUAGGCAGUGGAGUGCAGGCUAGAAGUCAUGCCGAGGCUCUUCGCAUCCACCACUCAUUCUCUGAGGUGAGAAUCUGGGGUCGAAGUGCAGCCAGUGCUCAGCGCUGUGCCGACGAGGUGAGGGCAAAGGUCAGUCUGUCUCUCCCCGAUGCACUCAGAGAUGCCGACGUCGUGGUAGCGGUAACCUUGGCGACGGAGCCACUGAUUCGUGGAGAAUGGUUGAAGACAGGAGCGGUGGUGAUAUCUGUGGGGGCGUGUCACUCCGACUGGAGAGAAUUAGACGAUGAUGUAAUGCUAAAUUCACUAGUGACAGUAGACAGUUGCGAUGCAGCAAUGAAGGAGUCUGGAGAUAUCAUACAAUCGGGGGUAAGCCCCUCUAAUUCUCAGAGACCGAAUUGUGUCUCCUGCAGGCAGAGAUAUUUGCAGAAAUUGGAGAAGUAAUAUCGGGAGCUAAGCCUCUCCCCUCUCUUUCUGAUUGCGGCAAGAAAUUCCUCAUGUUCAAAUCACUGGGCAUGGCAAUAGAAGACGUGCUUAGUGGAACUCUGAUAUACCAUCGCUUCAUGGAAAGACAGACAUCACGACAACCAACGUAGCCUCAGAGAAUCAAUUCAUUUUGUAUAAUUUUUGUACAGAGUAAAAUCAUGACAUUGAGACAACAGCAAAGACAGGAUGUGAGUGUGUACUUAAUUAUUAUGUUGUGUGUGUGGAGAGUGCAGGAGUGAAGGUCGACACUACUGAGUUCUGUGGAGAGAAGAUGGCUUGGAGGCAGUAGUGUCAACCCUAGCCUUGUCUCUGAGUGUCGUACCCUCUCUCUUCAGCACGUGGAGCAGUGACUGGGAGCUCUCCAGAAUCUAACACAACACACGGAACAACUGUAGUACAUAACUCAGGGUGUUGCGGCAAGGACACACACCUUUUUGUAAGCGCCCUCCGUCUCUGCGAUGGUGCGGUCAUAGUCGUUCCUGAUGGCAAUCUUCCGGGCCAGGCUCUCGUUGAUGGCCGCCAGUCGCUCAGUGAUGAUGUGGAGGUCGUGCUGGACUCGCUGCUUCUCCUCUUCCUCCAGCAAGAUCUGCCUGUGGAGCUCGUCUCGCUUCGCACUCAGGUCCUCGAUGCCUUUUAUGAGCUCGUUGUUGUAGCCCUGUAGCUGUGCGCCCUGCUGAGACAUUGCUGUUGCCUACUCUAUACCCUCGGUUCUUUCCCGCUAACCUGCGCACGCAGCUAGCUCUAGAUCGU